AUGAGUGCAAUUCAGGACACCGAGACCAACGAGCCCAUCCAGGUCCUCAUCACCAUGCACGAUGGCAUGGACCUGCUCGACUUUGCCGGCCCGCUUGAAGUUCUCACUCACGCUCAAUACAAUGCCAGCGACCCAGAAAGCAAAGCGUUUGAUGUCACCUUCGCCGCCGCGCAGGAACACGUCCUAACCGCCCAAGGCGUCACAUUGACUGCACACGUCUCCUACAAGGAAGCACACAAGCGUCUCAAGGAAUUCGACGUCCUCGUCGUCCCCGGCGGCAAGGACAAGUGCAUGCAGGUCCUUAAAGACAAGGCCGAACCUACACAAAUCAUCAAGGCAUUCGCCGACGCCCAGACCUCUGACCCCGGGAGGGAGCGGACCGUGCUGGCCGUGGACACGGCGGCACUCUUUUUGGCGAGCCAGGGCCUCCUGCAGGGGCUGGCGGCGACCACACACCCGGACUUCUACAUCAAGCUGGAGAAGGAGUGUCAAGACGCCGCGGCGCGCGAGAUGGGCGAACGCACCGACGUCAUGGAGGAGCGCUACGUGGUGAACAACGCCCGCUUCGACCUGGGCGAGAACCUGGACGAAAACCCCUACGUGUUCAAGAAGAACCGCAAGGGGAGCACCGCCCGCAAGGGCUCCCUGGCUAGGCGGGAGAGCAACCUGAAACACGAGAACCUGGUGCGCCGACAGAGCAUGAAGCUGGGCGGCAUGCGGGUCAUCACCAGCGGCGGCACCAUCAGCGGCAUCGACGCGAGCUUGUACCUCGUCAGCGCCCUUGUCAGCCACGAGACGGCCCAAGAGGUCGCCCGGGUCAUGGGUUACGACUGGGUCAAGGGCGUCGUCGUGGACGCCAUCGAUGUCUAG